AGUUGUGCGACAGAAACGUAUUGAUUACAACAGCGGCCUGUUCGUAGGUUUGAGCGCUGUAAUUUUUGUCUUUUCGGUGGAGGGUUUUGUAUCUACAAAUCGUCCCCAUCAUGAAACUUGUCAGGUUUUUGAUGAAACUCAGCCAUGAGACGGUCACCAUUGAACUGAAGAAUGGCACUCAGGUCCAUGGCACCAUUACAGGUGUGGAUGUAAGCAUGAAUACCCACUUGAAGGCAGUGAAAAUGACUCUGAAAAAUCGGGAGCCCACCCAGCUGGAGUCUCUCAGCAUUCGUGGCAACAACAUCCGCUACUUCAUUUUGCCCGACAGCCUGCCGCUGGAUACCCUGUUGGUCGACAUUGAGCCAAAGAUCAAGUCCAAGAAGAGGGAAGCGGUGGCUGGUCGUGGGCGAGGCAGAGGGCGAGGACGUGGCAGAGGCAGGGGCAGAGGCAGGGGUGGCCCCAGGAGAUGAUCACCAUCAGCGGUUCAGUUCUUUGUCAACACCCAGUUUUUCUUGUACAUGAUUUUUUUUCU